CAGUUUAAACCAUGUUUAAACAUUUUAAACUUUGGAAAUAUUUGUUGUUGCUCUCUCUAAAAUAAUAAAAAGUCGUGUUUAAUGACUAUUGUUUCGUUGAUUUGCAAUUUGCAUGUGUUGUGUUAUAAAUGCGGAUGUCUUGACGGAAUUACAUCGUCAUACAAUAAAAAACAAGAAUGGAAACAACAAUACCAUCGCAGACGCCCAUGCGAGCAAGAACAAUGGCAGAAUUGUUACCGGGGAUUAAAGCUCUUCUGUCCAAGGAUACAUUGCAUAUGAUCACAUUUAAGAAUCAACAAUCUUCAUCUUCAAAUAUCUGUCAGACUCGGACAAAUGAGAAAAAUAAAAAUAUCAAACCAAUGACUCUUGCAGAAAUAAAAGCUUUAACAGGACCCACUCCUAGAAAAUUUCCACAAGCAACAACUACUAAACCGAAGCCCUGGAACUCUUCAGUAAAGGUUGAUAAGACUAAAAUCCUCACUAAAGACGGCCAAAUGAAGCAUAGCACAGUGAGAAAAGAGCUUAAUUUCCAACCUAAGCCAAAAUCAGCCAUCAACAAUAAGCCGACCAUGCCAGCUCCUGUGGUCAGGAAAUCUUUUCACCCACAAGCCAAAGCCAGGGACUAUGGCAUAUGUAGAAUCAGUGGGGUGCACAAGAUACCAGAAACACCUGCCUUUAAUAAACCCAAACCAACAUUCAUUCCUCCACGUGAAGUAAAAACUGUUCCAAGAGUAAAAAUUAAUAAUAUUUCAUUUAAAUCCAAUGACGACAGUUUUAUACAGAAAGAGAAAGAGAUAAACGAUUUUGAAGAACAAUCUAAUGCUUUAGUCAAAGAACCUACUUUGGAAAAAAAUUCAGUAAUGUCACCAUCCAUUUCAACACCCUUUAAAGAUUACAGAAAUGUUAGAGAUUACUUCAAUCAAAGUGAAGCGGACAAUUCGGUUCUAUGGAAUGAUAACACUAUAAUGUCAUUUGAAAAACCUUCAGACACCAAAGACGGUAAACGAGAGGAAAGUGUGAUAGUGUCACUAUGUGAAAUGCUGAAUAAAACUACUUUUACCAACUGCAAUAACAAUAAUCAAGAACUCGGUGAAUUAAUGGAGGUUGAAAGAGAAACAGAAAAUAAUUUGAAAAUGAUUGAUAAUGUUAUUGAAAUGUUGCAUAGUAUGAAGAAGAAACAGUUUAAAACUUUGCAGCAAAUCAGAAAGCUGAAACACAAGAAGUUAAAAACUAAUGGGGCAGAAGAAAAUAGUGCUGCUGAUAUGGCGAAGGAAAAUAUUGUCACUCAUAUGGCAAAAGAAAAUAAUGCCCCUCAUAAUAUGGCAAAAGAAAAUAAUGCCAUUCAUAUGACAAAAGAAAAUAAUGCCACUAAGAUUGUAAAGGAAAAUAAUACCCCUUAUGGGGCAAAAAAAAAUAACGUCAAAUUCGCUCUGACAGAAGAAAAAAUCAGUCCCGACAAAAGCCCUAUUACAAGUCGACCCACAGUUAUUAAAUCGAAAUCGCCAUCAUACAAAAUACCAAGGAAAAGUCUUUGUCUCAGGAAAAAAGUAUUCUACAAAUCGAUGCCAAAUAUUAAUUCCAAUGGCAUACAGACUCCAAAUAAGAAUAACGACAAAGCUCUUAACAUGUACUUGCAGAUAAAAGAGCAAAUGACGUUUCUGAAUACUCCAUCGGCGAAACCUCGCACGGAUGUCCCAGACACUCCUGCGAUCACAUCGCGCAAUUUACAAAAACAACUGGAUAUGCUGUAUAAUUAAUGCUGAAGAAACCGUUUACCUUCCCUCCCAUGGGUUCGCCCGAUCGCCGCUAACUCGACAU